GGUUGAUGGUGUUUUCCCUCCGGUCAAUCGGUGAUUUGUUUACGAGCCUGGGUCAAAGUUGAUAGUGGGACAUUUUUAACCACUUUUAAAGGUUUCACCGCUGUGUCGAUGGAAAAUACGAUGGUCGCGGGUCUCAGUAACCUGUUUUAGGAGCAUCCGGGCCGCUGGGAAGAUGCCGUGUCUGUGCCUCAAACCCGGAAGCUCUUCGCUGCAUUUACUAAAGUUAUGUCAGGCUUACCUUCACAGUGGGGCAGUUUGCCAUCUGCCCCGUGGGCCCAAGACCCCUGCCCCUCCUCCUCCAGCCCUCUCUGACUCCCCAGAUCCAGAACCGAACCAGAAGAACUCACCGUGGUCGCCGAGCCACGGACCCCCACCCGCUCCCACCCACUGCUGCAUGAGCGGCUGCCACAACUGCGUGUGGAUCGAGCACGCCGAGCAGCUGCUGAUGUACUACCGUGACGGCGGCGACCGCGCUCUGGCAGCCAUCGAGGAGAACGUCCUCGAUGAGAACCUGAAAGCGUACCUAAAGAUGGAGAUCAGGUUACUGCAAAAGACACGAUGAGUCGCUGCUGCUGCUGCUGCUGCUGCCGACUCGGCGUCCUGCCAACGACCUGGAUUCUGUUCAGAGUCUCAGAGGUUAUGGGAUGUUCAGACGGUGCAGUUCAGACUGAUGUGGUUGAUUUUGCUGUGAACGUCAUGUUGGUCACAAACACACCAAGAGUGUUACACUUACACACAUGAAGUGACUUGACGCCGUCAAAGUACAUUUUAGUGAAGCUGCAGUUCAUUAACGUUUCUGGAUUGAGUGUUAACUUUUUAUAUCUGAUUUAUAUUAUUUAUAUAUUUGAAAUAAUAUAUUUGAAAUGACGAUUAAAUGUGAUCUACAACUA